GUCAACUGAACAGCGACUCCGACGGUGAGGACUGCACCAUGGACGAGCUCCGCGAGUGGUACGAGGACGGCGGCGACAAGGGCUCCGCGUACCAGGCAGAGAUCAGCAAGGACCAAUUGGAAGUAUUGACCUCGUUCGGGGUGCCGGAUGGGAGCUACUUCAUCGGAGUGCGCAGGGGCAGGAAGGUGGUCAAGGUGUUCGACUUCAUGGGCCACCAGCUGUCCCUGACGAAUGACAUCGAGCUGAACGUGGGCCAGGAACAGGAUGAGGAGGAUGAGGAGACGGCAGCAGGCAUCGGCGGCGGCAGCAUCGGCGGCUGUGAAGUCGGAGCUACGGGGAACAUCUUCGGGGAUACGUGGAUGAAUGGCGAGGCGGUGACGGCAGCAGGCAUCGGUGGCGGCGGCAUUGGCGGCUGUGAGGUCGGAGCUGGGGGGAAGAUCUUGGAGGAGACGGAGUUGGACGGCGAGGCGGUGACGGCAGCUGGCAUAGGCGGCGGAGGCGGCAUCGGCAGCGUUGAGGUCGGAGCUACUGGGAAGGUCUUCGAUGAGACGGAGAUGAACGGCGAGGCGGUGACGGCAACAGGCAUCGGCGGCGGCGGCAUUGGCGGCUGUGAGGUCGGAGCUGCAGGGAAGACCUUGGAGGAGACGGAGUUUGAUGGCAAGGCGGUGACGGCAGCUGGCAUAGGCGGCGGCGGCGGCGGCGGCAUCGGCGGCUGUGAGGUUGGAGCUACUGGGAAGAUCUUCGGAGAGUCGGAGAUGACCGAUGCGGCGGUGGCUGCGGAUAGCUCGUUGGAGGCUCCAGUCUGCGGCAUUGCUGGCAAGAUGGAGGAUGAGAGCGACGAUGACGAGGUGUACGAGUUCGGGGUGGAGGUCAAGAACUCGUUCAGCCCGUUCGUGGAGGGCGGGGGCGAACUGAAGGAGAUUCCACCGUUCCCCAACCUUGUCGGCAAGGCUGCGCUGGCGAGCGCGGAGCGGGGAAUCGAGUUCGGCGACGACGGCAAUCAGUGGCGUUACGACGAUCGCGGUGCUUUGCAGAAGGCUGUGCAGGCGGGCUCAGAGAAGUCCAGCGCGUGCGGCGACGUUGGCAGGCAGGACGAAGGACACAAGCAUGACAUGUAUGAUCACCUGUCCACCGAGGCGGCCGUCGCGGAGGCCGUGAAGCACUUUGGAGUCGAGUGGGCCAAGAUGCACUUGAAAGAGGAGUGGGUGAGCACCUACAUCGAUUAG